AUGCCUUAUUUUCAGUUCAAAGCAGCAAUGCGAGAAGGCAAAGCCAGGCCCUGUUUUGCAACCAGCUUGCUUUCUGCGCUUGACAAUAAUGAAGAUAAAGCAGGCUCUGAAGAAGUCUUCAUCUCUCUUACUGGAACUGCCUAUGCAGCUGGAACUGACACGACAGUGUCGGUGCUCAAUAUAUUCGUGCUAGCCAUAACAAUGUUUCCAGAGACACAACUUGCAGCCCAGGACGAAAUUGACAGGAUGCUAGGCAGAAAGCGCUUGUCCAACAUGGAAGACCGUGAGUCCCUUCCUCAAAUCACUGCUAUAGUCCAUAAAGUGCUACAGUGGCAUCCUGCUUUUCCCCUUGCACUUCUGCACUGUACCACUGCUGAUGAUGAGUAUAACGGCUAUCACAUCCCAGCUGGUGCUGUUGUCAUAGGCAAUACCUGCCAUGCUACAUAA